CCAACAACGAAGCAACACUCGAGUCCCGGGGACUCUCGGCAGUCAAUAUCCAGGAAUCAGGGAUGGCCAGCUUUGAAGUUUGAAUGUGCUCUCGGGAAUUCUCCUUGUAGCGAUGCCUUAUAGGACUGUACUGAGCGCUUAUAUGCAGACGGAAUGCACCUCUGGAGUCUGGCAGCUUUGCAAAUUGCCGCUCCUCACCUCAUCAUCAUGCAUUGUCGACAUUCAACUUCAAGGGGUCAGGGCAAUUGAGGUCUUGAAGAAUUGCAUUCUCACCUGCUCACAGUCAUGGCGACUUCCUCCGUCCUCAGCCGCCCUUCCUCUUCCUUGAGCUGCAGAGCCAUUAGUUCCUCCAGAGAGUGCUCUUCCACAUAUAGCUCACGCCUUACGCCCCUGCCUCUUUUGAGAGGCCGUGUUGAGAGAGCACACCGCGUAGGAGAAGGCCAUGUGCAGCAGCAGCUAAUUGGUCGCACAAGGCACCAAUUUGGUGAAGAGGGGAGGGCUCCAUUUGGGGGAGUCUUGAGAGGCCAUACAAAACGUCACAUUGCAGUCAACGCAAGCGGCGAGUCACUGGCAACAGAGAUCCCCAGCGAGGCUCCGGCGGCCGCCUCCUUCAAGCACAUUCUCCUUCCCAUCAUUGACAGCAACCCGUAUCUUUCCAGUGGGACGAGGGCGGCCGCUUCCACUGUAACAUCUCUAGCGCGUGCGUUUGGCUCCGACAUCACGGUAGCUGUGGUCGAUGAGGGGCCCUUCGCCGGAGAUAAGGAGCUUCGUGCGAAGAACAUUAGGUGGCAUCUGGCCGAAGGGGGCUUCGAGAAUUUUGCGCUGAUUGAAAAGGAAGGUCAGAACCCUGGCGCUGCCAUUGGCGAGAUCGCGGACGACAUGAAUCUUGACCUGGUGGUACUAGGCAUGGAGUCGAUCCAUUCCAAGCAGAUUGACGGAAACACACUUGCAGAGUUUGUCCCUUGUCCCGUCCUCCUCCUCCCCUGAUCCAGAGAUGCUAUUCGUUGUACAAAUUGUUUCGUUAUGUAGAACGAGAACUGCACUCAAUGUUAAUCAGCAGGCAGGACCAGAGCUGUAUAUCCAACCGUAGAAUCUGCUCCAAUCAGAGACAAAGCUUACGCAAGAGUUGCUCGAAGCAUUGGGCAACUUGCAAGAAGAGCAGAAGCACGAGCGUCCUUGUAUCUAGUUCUCGGCUUCACCGACAGUGCUCAAGUGUACAUUGACCGAUAGGACCGGACCAAGCAACCAGCGCUAGGCCCGACUUUGUAACCAGAUUGCAUAUGCACACGUCUGACUUCCGCACUGCCUUGUCAUUCUGCAAUCAUUUAGUGCUUGCACUUACUUUCCUGAUUGUGCGUUUGCCAUUAACAGUUGUUUGGGCUAGGAGAGCUAGGAGAGCAGUAGUGCCUAACAUCAAUCCGAACAACUGCACAAAUUCAUAUCGUCCGCGCAUCCGCUGGGCCUUGGGAACAGGCUUCAAGCAUGUUGGGCAUGAUCUUUCUGCUAGACACA